GCCUCUGCUCUUUUCCUCAAGUCGCGAGACCCCUCCAAACGCGCUCACUCCCCCCCGCACGACACACUUGCUCUCUCGGUACCAUCGCUAGCUCCUCCGCCGCCGCCGCCGCCGCCGCGCCGCCAACGCCGACAGGAAUGACAUCAGUUUCGUAGAUCCCAACAUCUCUCUCGCGCGCACGACACCACGCGACGGCACGAUGCCCUUCUCCUCGUACCUCGGCAAGACGCGCCGCCUCGUGGGCGGGCCGCCGGCGAGCCUCCUCCCGUCCUCCGCCCCGGCCAAGGCGAAGGGGAUCUCGGCCCGCAAGUCCUCCCGGAAGCGGACGGCGCUGAUCAACUUCGUCCUCACCAACUUCGUCACCAUCGCCCUCUCCACCUCCGUCCUCUUCUUCCUCCUCACCCUCUUCCUCUUCGGCGUCCCGCAGCCCAUCUCCUCCCGCCUCCGCCCCUCCCCGGGCCACUAUCGCCGCCCCUUCAAGCCCCGCAAGCCGAUCUCCCGCAUCAAGCGCGUCAACGACACCGCCUUCGGCGCCACGGUCGACCUCACGACCAAGGACCUGUACGACAAGAUCGAGUUCCUGGACGUCGACGGCGGGCCGUGGAAGCAAGGGUGGAGGGUGAGCUACAAGGGGAACGAGUGGGACGAGGAGAAAUUGAAGGUGUUCGUGGUCCCGCAUUCGCACAACGAUCCCGGUUGGAAGCUCACCGUGGAGGAGUACUACGACCGCCAGUCGCGCCACAUUCUGGACACGAUCGUCGAGUCUCUGUCGAAGGAUACUCGCCGAAAGUUUAUCUGGGAAGAAAUGUCAUACCUGGAAAGGUGGUGGAGGGAUGCAUCAGAAUUAAAGAGGCAAUCUUUCACCAAUUUGGUGAAGAAUGGUCAACUAGAAAUUGUUGGUGGUGGUUGGGUGAUGAAUGAUGAGGCUAAUUCACAUUAUUACUCCAUAAUUGAACAGAUGACAGAGGGGAAUAUGUGGCUCAAUGAAACCAUUGGCGUUAUUCCUAAGAACUCUUGGGCUAUAGAUCCGUUUGGUUACUCGCCCACAAUGGCAUAUCUUCUUCGUCGAAUGGGCUUUGAAAACAUGCUUAUCCAGAGGACCCAUUAUGAGCUGAAGAAGGAACUUGCUUGGCACAAGAAAUUGGAGUAUGUAUGGCGUCAGAGCUGGGAUGCAGAGGAGUCGACCGAUAUUUUUGUCCACAUGAUGCCCUUCUAUUCUUAUGAUAUACCACAUACUUGUGGACCAGAGCCUGCUGUUUGUUGUCAGUUUGACUUUGCUCGAAUGCGUGGGUUCGUCUACGAACUUUGCCCUUGGGGAGAACACCCGGUGGAAACCAACCAAGAAAAUGUGCAUGAGAGGGCACUAAAACUGCUUGAUCAAUAUAAGAAGAAAUCAACAUUGUAUAGGACGAACACACUUCUGGUUCCGCUUGGAGAUGAUUUCCGCUACAUCAGCAUUGAUGAAGCUGAAGCCCAAUUUAGAAAUUACCAGUUGCUAUUUGACUAUAUCAACUCUAAUCCCAGUCUAAAUGCAGAAGCAAAGUUUGGCACUUUGGAUGAUUACUUCCGAGCAAUUCACGAGGAGGCUGAGAGAAUAAAUUACUCACAACCUGGUGAAAUCGGCUCGGCUCAGAUUGGAGGCUUUCCAUCUCUAGCAGGGGAUUUCUUUACUUACGCAGAUAGGCAACAGGAUUAUUGGAGUGGCUAUUAUGUUUCAAGACCCUUCUUCAAGGCUGUUGAUCGAGUGCUUGAGCAAACACUUCGUGCGACAGAGAUGAUUAUAGCUUUAUUGCUAGGAUAUUGUCAAAGAGCACAAUGUGAAAAGCUUCCUGUAGGGUUUUCCUAUAAGUUGACAGCUGCCAGAAGGAACUUGGCUCUUUUUCAGCAUCAUGAUGGCGUAACUGGUACCGCUAAGGAUCACGUGGUUCGUGACUAUGGGAUGCGUAUGCACACAUCUUUGCAGGACCUGCAAAUAUUCAUGUCCAAAGGAAUCGAAGUACUGCUUGGAAUUCGUCAUGAUAAAUCCGACCAGACCCCUGCCCAGUUUGAGCCAGAGCAGGUUAGGUCUAAGUAUGAUGCUCAGCCAGUACAUAAAGUGAUCACUGCUACUGAAGGAACUUAUCACUCAGUCGUUUUUUUCAAUCCUCUGGAACAAUCGAGGGAAGAAGUUGUCAUGGUCAUUGUUGACAGGCCUGAUGUUGCUGUUCUGGACUCCAAUUGGACAUGUGUUCAGAGCCAAGUAUCUCCAGAGCUGCAGCACCACAAAAGCAAGAUAUUUACUGGGCGGCACCGACUUCACUUCAAAGUUUCUGUACCUCCCAUGGGGUUGCAGACGUAUUAUGUUGGAAGUGGUUUUGUUGGAUGCGAAAAAGCUAAGCUGGCAAAAAUUAAGCAGCUCUCUGAGUCAAAUACUUUAUCAUGUCCAGCUCCAUAUACUUGCACAAAAAUACAAAGUGACGCUGUUGAAAUUGGAAACAGGCAUCAGGUUCUUACUUUUGAUGCAAAGCAUGGAUUGUUGCAGAAAAUUAAACAUCUGGAUGGUCCAGAAAACAUUGUGGGUGAAGUCAUAGGUAUUUACUCGAGUUCUGGAAGUGGAGCCUACUUGUUCAAACCCAUCGGUGAUGCAGAACCUAUCAUCGAAGCUGGUGGAGCCAUGGUUGUCUCUGAAGGUCCCUUGGUGCAGGAGGUGUAUUCUUAUCCAAAGACAAUGUGGGACAAUUCACCCGUCUCUCACAGCACACGCAUCUUCAAUGUAGAAGGCUCUGUACAGCAAUUCAUCGUGGAGAAGGAGUAUCAUGUUGAGCUCUUGGGUCCAGAUUUUAAUGACAAAGAGUUAAUUGCUCGAUACAGAUCAGAUAUAGAUAACAGAAGAAUAUUCUAUUCAGAUUUGAAUGGCUUUCAAAUGAGUCGGCGGGAGUAUUACACUAAGAUCCCACUUCAGGGAAAUUACUAUCCAAUGCCUUCUCUUGCCUUCAUGCAAGGAACUGAUGGUCGGCGCUUUUCCCUUCAUUCGAGGCAGUCACUGGGUGCAGCUAGCCCUAAGGAUGGAUGGUUAGAGAUUAUGCUAGACCGCCGCUUAGUCCGAGAUGAUGGGCGUGGUCUGGGACAAGGAGUUAUGGACAACCGUGCACUGAAUGUGGUAUUCCACAUCCUUGUCGAAUCCAACAUUUCUCGUACCUCGAAUCCUGAAUCCAACCCUCUUCCAUUAAGUCCCUCGCUUCUUUCCCAUUCUGUUGGCGCACACUUAAACUACCCUUUACAUGCAUUCAUUUCCAAGAAGUCCCAUGAUAUAUCUGUUCAGCCUCCUGCAAAAUCCCUCUCUCCUUUAUCUUCUUCUCUACCAUGUGACUUGCAUAUUGUCAGCUUAAAGGUCCCCAGGCCUUUAAAAUACUCUCAGCAAGCAGCGGAAGGUUCUAGGUUCAUUCUAGUUCUGCAGCGACGACACUGGGAUUCUUCCUAUUGUCACAAGGGCAGAACAAAGUGUACAAAUAUAGCUGAUGAGCCUGUCAAUCUCUUUAACAUGUUCAAGGGGCUCGCAGUUUUAAAUGCAAGAGCAACUUCUCUGAAUCUUCUUCAUGAGGAUACAGAGUUGCUUGGGUAUGCUGAGCAGCAUGCAGAUGUUCAAGAAGGACACGUAAUCAUAUCUCCCAUGGAAAUUCAAGCUUACAAAUUGGAUUUACGGCCACAUCAGUGAGCGUGUUAGGGUAGCCAUUCUGUAAGCUUGUAAGUGUGAACCUUGAUCAGUUGGAUCCGCUACUAGGUAAUCCGACCUGAACCAGCAUUGAUCCAUACCUGAAGCUCAGCAGCUGGGUGGUGCCUAUCCUUCGGAAGAUCUUCAUAUGCGAAAGAGGCUUUCACAGAGGCUCAUAUACUUCGAUGCGUUACUCGAUUCCACACUGCCACGAGAUCUGCUUGAUGUUUUUUCUACUGGAUGUGAUCUUUAUACGCUUGUAAAACUGCAUCAAUUUUGUAAUAAUAGGAAGUCGAUAGUCAUCGUCAUACUUGUGCCCAAGGAUGCUCAGAAAUCUUCUUUAUCUGGUUUCAUGGAGAUGCCUUGAGACCAUGAAAAGCCACUGAUAUUAAUAGCGUAGAUGCUCAUUUCGGCC